CGACGGGGGUAAGCCUUCACUCGACCUGCGCUAAAGGAAUCAUUAAGCGUUUAAUUGGUCUUUGUUUGGGAGGAUUGCCAGCCCCAAGUCUUCCUAUUUGAAAACCAAAGAACAAAAUGUAUGACAGGUACGGUAGUUCCCUCAAAUACCUUAGUGUCUCGUUAAGCCAGAGGUGGCUCACGGUCUGAAGACGUCUGUGGAACCGCGUAGCGUUGUUAGCUAACUGUUAGCUAAGCCUUCCAUCUUCUUGUAGCGGCGUCCACAAGUCGUCUUUGUGUACCGUAUGUGCUGCAAACUCCACACUCACAUCUCCAGUAUGUGUUGACGCUUUUUUUGGCAGCAGAAUGAAUGUUAAUGUAUUGAAAUAAGUCAACAGUUAAGAUGGAAGAAAACCAGUAUACAUCACUGACGGUACCCACGGAUUAUUUUCAGCAGUGGUACCAGUCCAGCCAGCAGCACCCUGAGGCGCAGUAUGUGAUGUCUUAUCACAACAUGGGCCACUACGCAGAAGGGCCCAGAGAUGACCUCGUAAUGGCCGAGCUGUCUGUCCACCGGGAACCGUCCGUCUACCAGGAACCUUUUUACCAGAACUAUAACCCCCCGACCCAAAUACACUACCAGGACCUGAGCUACCAGCCGCACGCCAGGGAGCAGCAGCAGCAGGAGCAGCAGUAUCCUGCUCACCUGCACCACCCUCAGCACCAACAUACAAUACAGCAACUAGAGCCGAGUGUUCAGUACCAACCUCAGCCGGCUGCCCCCUCCCAAGCUGCGAUGCCGGUGAAGAAGAAGAGGGGCCGACCGCCGAAGCAGCCGGCCGAGGACGGCAAGACGCAGGACGGGGAGAAUGAGGUCGAGGCCGCGAAGAAAGCCAAGAGGGCUCUCAACCGCUUCAACGGCAUGUCGGUGGCUGAGGUUAUGGCCAAAACCCUCCCCGACGUCAUCACCUACAAUCUCGACAUUCUUAUAAUUGGAAUUAACCCAGGACUAUUGUCAGCCUUCAAAGGACGCCAUUAUCCAAACCCGGGAACCAUUUCUGGAAAUGUCUGUUUCUCUCCGGUCUAACUGACGAGCAGCUCAACUUCAUGCACGACCAAAGUCUGCCGGAGAAAUAUAGUAUCGGCUUCACCAACAUGGUGGAGAGGACCACGCCCGGCAGCAAGGACCUCUC